AUUGCUUGGAGUGGUGAAUUCGUGACGGAAAUUUAUUGUUGAUCGAAUGUUUGAAAUUGUCCAUUUUCAGUGAGAUAUUCUAAAACCUAAAUGAAGGAUCCUCUAGGACCAACAGGUAUUAUGGAAGACAAAAUUAACAAUGAUGUUGAUGCUGGCCCCAGCAGCAGCACAGGUGCCAUUAAGAAGAAAAAGGAUGAAAAAAGGAUCAAAAGGGAUCAGCGUUCUUGGGACAAUCUCGUGAAAAACAUUGGUAGUCUUUCCUACUCUGAAAAAUUCGACUAUAUUAAAGAAAAGUACACAGAACUCUACUUGGAAUUUCGAUCAACUGUAUCAACCCUCAAAGCAACUGAAAAACAAAUGAUAACAUUACAAAGGGAAAAAGAUCAUGUUAAGGCUGAGCUUGCCAAGAACAUUCUGAGUAGAUCUAAAAUGGAAAGCCUUGCUAGGGAACUCCAGAAACAAAAUAAAGAAAUUAAGGAUGAAAACUACAACCGUCUUAAAGAGGAAGAAGAGAAAAGAAGAGAGGUAGCAUCUAGUUUCACUGAGAAACUCAGCACUUUGACUCUACUCAUGGAUGAAAACAGAGACAAAUCCCUACAUCUCCAUGAAGAGAACAUGAACAUGACAAAUAAACUGUCUGAACUUUAUGACCAAUUUCAAGAAAGGGAAAAUCGCCUAACCAAUAUGGGUAGACAAAUGGAUCUCCAGAAGAAACUUUCUGAUACUCAGCUCAAAAAAGUGGAAGUGGAAUUUGAAACAGAAAGAGAGAUUUGGCAGAAAGAGAGGGCAAUGUUGGUAGCCAAUUUGCAAAGGAGUGAUGAAACUAAUAAAGUUCUACAGGAGAAUGUCAAAAGUCUUCAGGAACAUUUGGAUUCCUACCAGAAGCAGUAUAGUGAUUUUGAAUUCACCAUGAAGAGGAGCAAUCAGGUUUUUGACUCUUUCAAAGAUGAAAUGACUAAAAUGCAAAAGGCUAAUGCCUCAAUGGAGAAGGACCGCAAUGAUUGGCAUACUAGAUGGCAAAACAGUACUCAGACAGUCUUACAUUUGACUGAUCUCCAGCAAAAGGGUGUUGCUGAUCUCAGAAAUGCUCAGAAAAAGAUUUCAAUGCUAGAAAAACUGUGCCGCAAACUCCAAGUUGAACGUGCAGCAUAUUUGCAACAGCUUAAAGACAACAAAGUUAAUCCUGUUACACCCACUGCACCUGCUGAAGAAGAAAUUACUUCUGCAACUUCAUCCACAAGUAGCCUUAGCCUUGAGACUAUUGUUGGUCCUUUUGGUAAAGAGAAAGAACUGAUUGCCUUGAAGAAAGAGUUGAAGAAAAUUGAAGACCAAAUGAAACAAAAAGCCAAAGAAAAGACUGAUUCAUCUUCCAUUGAUAAUUUGAGAACUGUGUCAAGUGCUUCAGAUGUUGAGUCUAAAACAAAUAGUAUUAAAACCUCUACUUCUUCAUUGCUUACAUCCAAUGAGUCUUCUAGUUCUAAUUUGUUAGUUGAUGAGGUUCCAGAGAAGCUAGAACAAUCUGACUCUUUGACUGAUAUGCCUGAUGCAAAAGAGAAGACUGGAGAAUAGUUUUUAUCUAGUUCAUAGUUUCUCUCCCUGUUAAUGUUGUUCCUGCCAUAAUCUCACUAUGGUUAGUUUUAUUUAUUUUCUUGACAGUUUGUUUGAUACACCUAUCAUUAUGGCAUAUAUUUUGUAAUCAUUCUUCAAAGAAUAUUCACUUUUAUUUUGCUGUUUCAACAGCUCCCAGCCCAAUAAUAGAAAAACUCGGUAAAUAUUCUGAGAUUUGUGUUUGAUGAACAUAUUGAAAAUGUAAAUUUGAAAAAAUUCAAAUGAGAGGUUGAAAGCAUGAAUGCAUUUGUUCUCUUGUUUUUCUGUAUCAUGUAACAAUAUUUUAGUAUUUUCUGACAAAGUUUUUAUCAACCCCUUACUUAUAUUUUGAGUUAUCCUAGUUUGGUUCACAUGUCAUGAGCACGUCGAUUUGAUCAUCCUUUUGUCAUUUACCUAGUAUAAAAAAUUAAACAGUGUUUUUAUAUUUAAAUUCUAUUGUACAUACAUGAAUGUAUUUUUACAUUGAUAUUGGUAGUGAAGAGUAUGAUAAUAGUUGAACUUAUAUUUUUGUGAGAACAUUCAUUGUCAAUCAGAAGUCUGUAUAUGCUUGUUUUUCUAUACUGAAACUCUCAACGUUGUUGGAUGAAACUAAAAAUAUGAAUUGGGUUUCAUGAAUUUUAACAAAAUGAACAGUGUUCGUCCCAAAUUCUCAGAAAAUAGCAUAUUUCAUAAAUGUGUGGCUUGUCUGAGACGCCACAAAGCUAUACAUGAACUUGAUAAACAAUGCUAUUUUCUCUUCAAACGUCCAUCAAGAUUACAAAUUAUAGUAUAAUCUGCACUGAUUCUUAAAAUGCCACAAUACCUAAUAAUUCUUGUAAUUUGUAUUUGAAAAUCUGAUAAUGUAGCCGGAUGUCUGCAGAGUAAAAGUAGCAUGGCCAGUUGUCAAAGUUACCUACUUUUAUCGAUGCUGGCGAAAUUGUGGAAACAAAAUGCCAUUUGUUGACGUUUGAAGAACAAAAGAUUUUGUACCUGGAGUAUAUUGCUACCUUUACUUAUUUUAGUUUUAGUUCCUGUAUUUGUUGUUCUUGGUUAAUUUUGUUUGUUCUUUUUAAAACUGUUUGUGUUCCUGAAUUCAU